AUGUUGGACGCUCAGGGUUCCAGCCAUGGUUGCCAAGGCCCGAAUCCGAGCGAGGACGCGACCGGCUGCCCCGCGCACAUGUUGGAAGUGCGGCCGGGGCUGUACCUGGGUGGGGCCGCGGCCGUCGCCAAGUCGGACCAGCUCAGGGCGGCGGGGAUUACGGCCGUGCUGACGGUGGACUCGGAGGAGCCCUGUUUCACGGCACGGGCUGGAGCCGAGGGUCUGCGGAGCCUCUUCGUGCCUGCGCUGGAUAAACCCGAGACCGACCUGCUCAGCCACCUGGACCGGUGCGUGGCCUUCAUCGGCCAGGCCCGCUCGGAGGGCCGUGCGGUGUUGGUGCACUGUCAUGCAGGAGUCAGUCGCAGUGUGGCUGUAGUGACAGCUUUCGUGAUGAAGACGGACCAGCUCAGCUUUGAGGAAGCCUAUGAGAACCUCCGAACCAUCCAGCCAGCGGCCCAGAUGAAUGAAGGGUUUCAGUGGCAACUGAAAUUGUACCAGGCCAUGGGAUGUGAGGUGGACACCUCUAGUACAAUUUAUAAGCAAUAUCGUUUGCAGAAGGUUACAGAGAAGUAUCCAGAAUUACAGAAUUUACCUCAAGAACUCUUCGCUGUUGAUCCAACCACUGUCUCACAAGGAUUGAAAGAGGAGAUUCUCUACAAGUGUAGAAAGUGCAGGCGAUCCUUAUUUCGAAGCUCUAGUAUUUUGGAUCACAGUGAAGGAAGUGGACCUAUGGCUUUUGCUCACAAGAGAAUGGCACCAACAUUCAUGGUUGCCACGGGGACUCAGUGUACAUCCUACUUCAUUGAACCUGUACAAUGGAUGGAAUCUGCUUUGUUGGGAGUCAUGGAUGGGCAGCUUCUUUGUCCAAAAUGCAGUGCCAAGUUGGGUUCCUUCAACUGGUAUGGUGAACAGUGCUCAUGUGGAAGAUGGAUAACACCUGCUUUCCAAAUUCAUAAGAACAGAGUGGAUGAAAAGAAAAUACUGCCGGUUUUGGGAUCACAAACAAGAAAAGUGUGAAUGUGUGACAUUUGUGAGCUUGGGAAGAAGCUUCGUGAAGAUAAUGUUCUGUCCCUGUUUUAAUCACUCAUGCCAGGUUGUCUAGUUUGUAAGCCAUCAGCGUUUCAGUGGCAGUGUGAAAGGGGGAAAAAAAAAUCACUUGAUGUAACCGGGAACCUGCCCUGUUACUAGCUUAUUGCAUGAUAUAAGUAGAGUACAUAGUAAUCAAACCUUUUUUGCCAUAUAAAUUUGUUACUAAAAUAUUUUAUAAUACAAACACUUCAUUUAACAUAUUUUUGGACAGAUGUCUCAUCUGUUGAUUCACUUUUCAGAUGUUGUAGGCAGAGGCUAGGAUGAAAUUAAGAGCUAGAAAGAAACUCAGUCCAUGUCUCCCACAUGCAUGGCAGGAGCCUGACAACUGGAGCCAUAACCUGCCUUGGCCUGUAUUUGCAGGAAGCUGGAAUAGGAAGUUCAGCUAUCACUUGAAUUCAGGCACUCUGAAAUGGGAUGUGGAGUUGGAGGUUUCUUAUAGCAUUUUUACUGCUCCAAAUGCCUGCUCCUAAAUUUAAUCUUUGAAUUACAUUUUUCCAUGUACUUGUUAAAGUCCCUCAUAGUUUUGGGAUUUUUCUUUCUUUUAAUAGAAACUGGAAAACCUAUUUAUGUCUGGGUUUUUCUUAGAAAUGUAAAAGGCCAUCAAUAAAACUGAUUAGGAUGUUUUUCCUGUUACUGUUCAGGAGUCUUACUUGUCCGUAUUGUUUUCUAGUUCAUUUUUGAGAAAGGCAGGGUGACAGUGAUCUUCCAUCUGCUGGUUCAUUCCUUAAGUGCCUGUAACCGCUGAGGCUGGGCCAGGCUGACGCUAGAUGCCUGAAACGCCAUCUGGGUCUCCCACGGGGAGGAAGGGCCUAGAUGCUUGAGGAGCACCUGCUGUCUCUCAGGAUUGCAUUGGUGGGAAGCUGUUCUUGGAAGUGGAGCCAGGACUCAAGUCCACGCAUUCAUGUGGGAUGAACAGCUUGGCCCAUUCUGCCAGAAUAUACUCCAAAAAAUAGUUUAUGUAGUUUUAGAGAAAUGUGUUUUAAGGCACCUCUUGAAACAUUCUACGUUAAAAAAAAUGUAUAUGAAAGUUAGAUACAUUUCAAAUGAAGAUUAACAUGGAGUUACGUAUCAGUUACUCUUUUAGUUUAAUAUGGUUGAGUAUUGGGGAAGGUCAUAAAUCCAGAUCAAUUUCUUAACUUGAUCUCUCUGGAAACCAGAAUUUUAUUGAUAGGUUGAAGUGGACCUAAUUUGGUAUUUUGACAUACA